AUGCGGACACGUUGCGAAGGCUCGAUCGUGCGCGCGCACGCCGAGGCGAUCGAGCUUGGCGAACCCGUCCUCUGGCCGACACGCCUCUUCGCGGACGACCGCGGCUGGUCGCUCAUGAACCAGAUGCAGGGCGUGCUCAGCGCCGACGGGCAGGUGAACUUCUCCUGCCAGUACCCUGGCGUGAUCAAGGCCUGGCACCGUCACGCGAAGCAGACGGACUUCUGGCUCUGCGUGCAGGGUCACAUCAAGGCGGGCGUGCACUGCUCCGAGCGCGACCUUUCCUGGUCGCUCGUCAUGGGGGAGAAGAACCCGUGCGUGCUGGUCAUCCCGCCGGGCCUCUGGCACGGCGCCGCGACGGUCGGGCACACACCGGCCGGGCUCCUGUAUUACGUCACGCACGCGUACAACGCAUCGAACCCCGACGAAGAGCGGAUGGGCUACGACGCGGUCUGCCUGCUCGCGGGCGGGAUCCGUCGCCCGUCGAUCGAAUCGGGGCGGCGCGACCGGCUCUGGGCGAUGGCCCUGCUCCCCGAGCGCACGGUGCUCGACCUGUGGCUCGACCGGCUGUACGACCUGACCGAAGACCGCCCCCGCGUCCGCCUGCUCGUGAGCGAGACGCCGAGCGAGCGCGAGACGGCGUUUCUCCGUUGCCGCGGCGUCGAGAUCGUGGAGGACGCGAACGACUUCCGCGGCCCCGGCGGCGCGCUCCGUGACGCGACUUCGAGCCUCUCGCCCGAGGAUUCGGUCCUCGUGGCCGAGGUCUCUCGCGUCGUGCUCUGCGAUCUUCGGGGCCUGCUCGUGCACCAUCACGAGCGACAGAACACGGUGACCGUGGCGGCGAAUCACGACGGCUCUCCGAGCGGGAUCUACGCGAUGUCGGCCGAGGCGCUGUCGCGCAUCGCGCCGCGUGGUUAUGUGGACCUGAAAGAGCAGUGGCUCCCGUCGCUGCGUGAGGCUCGGGAGAAAAUCGGCGUAUGCCGGCUUCCCGGCUUCGGCGCGAUGUCCCUGCGGACGGAACGCGAAUUCCGCGACGCGAUGCGGGCGAUCGCGGACCCGGCGGUGGUCAUCACGCGGGAUUCCGGGGGCCACCUGUUCGGGUCAGCCCGGGGCGCGCGGCCAGCGGGCGAGGGGGGUGAGGGGGCCAUCCGCUAUCGGACGACCAUGUUCGCUCGGAUACGCGUCGGCGGAGAGGUGCAUGAUCCAACGGCUGGGUCACAUCUCGAAGCCCUGGCACUCCGGCCCGUCACCGGCCGACGCCCCUUCGGGCCGAGGCACGCGGAGGUUCCGCCAAUGAGCGACGCACAGGUCGGACGUACAACGAGUCAGCCGAGCGCGGGGACGUCCGCGCAGCCCGCGGUCAUCCAGGAGACGACACCGUUCGAUCUCCUGCGCGCCGCGCACAACCUGCUGGCCGGCCGCUACCGCAUCGCGGUCCCGCUCGCGCUCGUCCUCGCGACGCUCGGCGCCGCGGCGGCGUUCACGCUCCUGAAACCGAAGUACACGAGCACGGGUCUGGUCCACGUCUCGCCGACGUCUCCCAGCAACGAGAUCGCGGACGAGACCGCCGUCACGCCGCGCUACGAGUCCUUUGUGGCGGCGCAGGCGACGCUCAUCGCGAGCCGCGCGGUGAUCGACCGCGCCGUCCAGAACGAGCAGCUCAUCCAGGCCGGGUGGCCCUCGGGCCAGGGCGGCCUCCGCGAGCUCGCCGAGGCGCUGCACGUCCAGCACAAGAUGGGCGAGCAGACGAUCAAGAUCAUGGUCACCGCCGAUUCGCCGACCGAGGCGCAGGCCGCGACCGGCGCGAUCCUCGCGACCUACCAGGACGUCUACGGCGAGCGCAACGGCCUGAGCAUGGGCCUGCAGGAAUCGCUCCUGGACAGCCGCGUGAAGCGGCUGGAGAAGUCCGUCGAAGCGACGCAGGCGAAGAUCGACGAGAUCGUGCUGCCGUUCGGGGGCCUCGAGGCCCUCGAGGCGAUGCACAGCGCGAAGGUGGGCAUGAUCACCAAGCUCGACGAGCGCAUGACGGACCUUGCCAUCGAACAGACCAACACGGAGCUCAAGGCCACGCCGAACCAGCAGGGCCUCGAGAUCCUCGCCCGGAUCGCCGCCGGCGGCGACACCGACGGGCUCUCCCCCGCGUACGCCUCCGUGCAGAAGCUCAUCCGCGAGGACGCGGCGCUGCAGGCGAAGAUCGACUCGCUCCGGGCCCGCGGGUACGGCGGCCGUCACCCCGACGUCCGCUCGCUCCGCGACGCGCAGGGCCAGAUCUCCCAGGCCGCCGAGCACCGCGAAUCGCUGAUCACCGAGAUCAUCGAGGCGUUGGGCGUGCCGCUGCUGAAUUCGGACGGCUCGCUCGUCGAGGCGCCCGAGGCGAUCACCCGGCUCAACGAGGAGCUCCGCAAGCUGCGCGAGCGUCUGAGCACCGAGAUCGUCGGGAUGGGCAACGCGAUCAACAAGGUCGCCCGCCUCACCGAGGAGCUCGAGACGACCGAGGAGAAACUCGAGCAGGCGCACGACCAGCUCCAGCUGGUGCGGAUCCAGUCCGAGGACCACACGCUCGGACGGAUCAGCAUCGCGCAGAACGCUUCGUUCCCGGCGUGGGCCUCGUCCGACCGCCGGGCGACGGCGGCGGCCGUGGCGGCGAUGAUGAUGUUCUUCCUCGGUUUCGGCGCGGUGAUGUUCCACGGCUACUUCCGCCCGGACAUCUCGGGCGUCCGCGACCUGGCGAUCAUGUCGGUGCCGGCGCCGCUGGUCGGUGUCUUCGUCGACCCCGGCAAGCGGAACGCCGAGCGCGACGCGCUCACCGCCGUCGCGGCGCACGAGCUCCGCAACACGCUCUUUGCCGGCGCCGGCAGCGCCGGCACACGGGUCUUCUCGGUCGCGUCCUCGGGCGAGAGCGGGAACCAGACCGGCGUCGCUUCGCACCUCGCGCAGAGCUUCGCGAUGGCGGGCUACCAGACCCUCCUCGUCGACGGCGACCUCGCCGGCGCCACGCUCUCGAGCAAGCACAACAUGGGCGGGCACACCCGCGGCUUCCGCGACCUGAUCGCCUCCGGCGAUCCGAACGGGACCGUCCACCGCACGGCCAAGCCGCGGCUGUGGAUGAUGCCGACCGGCGUCGACCGCACCGUGACGCCCGACACGCUCAGCGCCGACGACGUCUCGCUGUUCGUCCAGAUGGCCCAGAAACACUACGACGUGAUCGUCAUCGACGCGGGAUCCGCGACGCGGAACCUCGAGUCCGUGCUCUUCACGGGCGCGAGCGACCGCUCGGUCCUCGCCGUCAACAUCGACGAGUCGCGCCACGCCGUGACCGACGCGCUGGACCGCAUCGAGCGGACGGGCGAGCAGGCCUGCGGCCUGGUCCUCACCAACGCCGAUUACGACGACGCCAAGCGGGCCGGCAUGAUCUGCGACCGCGCCACGGCCGAGUCGCUCUACCCUGGCGGGCUCUCUCGCGACGGGCGCAACGCGCCCGAGUCGAGCGAAACCGUCGCCGGGUCAUUCGAUUCGACGAACGAGUCCGACGAGCACACCGCGGUUGUCCGCGACGGCGCCUGGGACACGAUCGACCCCGACGCGCGGGCGUACCUGCUCCUCGGGCCCGGGGACUUCGCUCUGUUCGGAUUCGACCGCCGGCUCCGCGCCCGGCUCCGUCGGGCGCGGACACUCGAACUCGACCUGCAGCACCCUGAGGCGGUCGCCUACCGCGAGCGGCUCGUCCUCGACGAUCAGAGCGGCUUCAAAGCGAUCAGCCGGGACUUCACGCCCGGGGCGGGGUCCCGGGAUCGGGUCUGCCUGACCGCCGACGCCUCCGAGGCGAGGCGGUGGACGUCCGGCCUCGGUGAGCCGAGUUCGAGACGCUGCGUGGUGUGGCCCGGCGAGGUGAUGAGCGACGAUCCACGCGAACCGCGACUCGCGGCGGCGCUGGUCGCCCGACUGCUCACCCGCGGGGUGGCCCCCGCUUCGAUGCGCCCCGUCGCGCCGGGCGUGCUCGCGCACCAGUCUUCGACGGUGUCCUCGUCGGCCAGGAUCAACGGGCCGGUCGUGAUCGGCGCCGGUCAUCGGAUCGGCCCGCACGACACGAUCGAGGGCCCCGCGGUGAUCCUCGACCGCGUCCCGGUCCCGGCCGCCGCGGUGAGACGCACACCUGGGGCGCCGUCGUUCGGUACGGACGGGCCCGUCACGAGCACGGAUCGACGCGCCCGCGUCGACCGCGUGUGCACGAGGGUCUUCGACGUGGUGUUCUCGGUGCUCGUGCUCGCGAUCACGCUGCCGGUCUUCCCGGUCGUGAUGGCGCUCAUCGCGCUGGAGGACGGGCGGCCGUUCUUCUUCCUGCACGAGCGUCAGGGUCUGCACGGGAAGAACUUCAAGGUGUUCAAGUUCCGCACGAUGCGCCGCGACGCGGACGCCCAGCAGGCGAAGCACCGCGCCGCGAACUUGUGCGACGGCCCGCAGUUCUUCAACCCACGCGACCCGCGGGCGCUGCGUAUCGGGCACUUCCUCCGACGGUGGAGCAUCGACGAGCUGCCGCAGUUCCUCAACGUCCUCCGCGGCGAGAUGAGCGUCGUCGGCCCCCGGCCCAGCCCCGAUCGGGAGAAUCGCUUCUGCCCCGCGUGGCGUGAGCUGCGGCUCUCGGUGAAGCCGGGUGUCACCGGGCUGUGGCAGAUCAUGCGGACGAGGGAGCCGGCGAUCGAUUUCCAGGAGUGGGUGCGGUACGACACGGAGUACGUCCGCCGGCGCAGCGUGCUGUUCGACCUGUGGAUCGUGGGCAAGACGUUCGGCGCCGUGAUCCGCUCAGCGCACCGCGCGGCGACGGCGGCCCGGCGGAUCGACACGUCACGGAACCGCGAUGCCUCGGGCCGUGGUGUCCUCGCUCGCAUCGAGGACGGGCGCGUCGUGCGGGCGGAUCAGAGCGGCGACGAGCCGUCGCAGCGGGCGUACCUCGAAUCCGCGGGCCUGUCGGGCUCCCCGCCGAUCAUGACCACGCAGACGACACACGAACCGGGCGUCGAGCCCUUCUCCCUCGGCGCCCGCACCUUCACGAGCCGGCUCAUCGUCGGCACGGGCAAGUACCAGACCAACGCGCUGAUGGCCGAGGCCCUCGACGCGAGCGGCGCGGAAGCGAUCACCGUCGCGGUGCGCCGCGAGCGGCUGUACAACGAGAAGGGCGAGUCGCUCCUGGACGCGAUCGACCUCGACCG